AUGACUCCGGCAACUUUGGUUAAUUGCGAAUUUGAUAUUGCACUUUUCCAUUUUCAAGUGAUGAAGUCUUCUACCGCUGCACUGUCAUCAAACUGCGCCCCCUCGCUGCUUAGUGCGGAUGGGUCUUUGGAUUCCCUCUGCAUCGCAACCAUCCGCUCGCUCGCAAUUGACAUGGUUGAGGCUGCCUCCAGCGGACAUCCAGGCGCCCCGAUUGGGCUGGCCCCCUUGGCCCACGUGCUUUUUUCUCAGCAUUUCAGGAGCGUUGGAACGGACCAUUUGUGGAUGGGAAGAGAUCGAUUUGUUCUAUCAAACGGCCAUGCAUGUGCUCUGCAAUAUGCAAUGCUUUUUCUGCUUGGGUUUCCAUUGUCGCUCGAUGAUUUAAAGUCAUUUCGGCAGUUGAACUCAAAAACACCUGGCCAUCCAGAAUGCCAUUUUACACCAGGCGUUGAGGUGACAACUGGUCCCUUGGGCCAAGGUCUUGCCAAUGCAGUUGGGUUGGCCGUUGCGGAGGCCCAUUUGGCCGCUACCUUUAACAAGCCCGGCUUUACAAUAUUCAAUAAUUCGACCUUUUGUAUUGUCGGAGAUGGCUGCAUGCAGGAGGGAGUUUCUGCGGAGGCCUUUUCUCUUGCCGGGCACUUGAACCUAUCGCGCCUUAUUGUGAUCUACGAUGACAAUGGAAUCCAAAUUGACGGUUCUACUGACCUGGCCUUUUCGGAGGAUGUUGACUCCAGAAUGAAGUCAUACGGAUUUAAAGUUUUUGUUGUCGAAAAUGGAAACACCGAUUUGGUUGCAAUAUCAAACGCAAUUUCUGCUGCUAAAGCAAAUACCUGCUCCCCGUCCUUCAUUAGGAUAAAGACCAUGAUUGGCGUAGGGUCGGCUCAUCAAGGGACCGAAAAGGUCCAUGGAUCGCCAUUGGGAGCGUCCGAUGCUGCUGCCUGCAAAAAGCUAUAUUUUGGCAAAAGCCAUCCCGCUUGGUAUGUUCCUGGAGAGGUCAAGUCCUUUUAUGCGGAGGUUCUAGAGCGAAAUAAUAAGCUUAAAGAGGAAUGGACAAAUUCUUUUGAGGCAUAUUGCAUCAAUUACCCAUUGCUGGCUUUAGAGCUGGAAAAUCGCCUUUCUGGAAAGCUUUCACUGAAGAUAUCUGAUUUCCCGUCUUACAAAUCGACGGAUCCCUCGAUGGCCACAAGAAAGCUAUCUGAAACUUUACUAAGCUCCAUUGCAGAUAAGCUUUCCUCCUUGGUUGGUGGAUCUGCCGAUCUUACUGCCUCCAAUCUAACGCGCUGGAAGUCUGCAGUUGAUUUUUCUCAGUUCCAUCCAGAAGGCCGCUACAUUAGAUUUGGUGUGCGCGAGCAUGCGAUGGCUGCCGUUUGCAAUGGGUUGGCCGCUUAUGGUCAUAAAAAGGAAACGAAUGGCUCGCUAUUGAUUCCCUUUGCAGCGACAUUUUUGAAUUUCAUCACCUAUGCUUGGGGGGCUGUCCGUCUUUCUGCGCUUUCGCAUCAUCAAGUGUUAUACAUUAUGACACACGAUUCCAUCGGACUUGGAGAAGAUGGCCCCACGCAUCAGCCGAUUGAAGCGCUUGCCGCUCUUAGGGCAUUGCCAAACAUGUUGACUUUCCGCCCAGCCGAUGGAAAUGAGGUCUCCGGCGCCUACUUUGCCGCGCUCUCCUACAAUUCCGGCCCCUCUGUGUUGUGCCUUUCUCGACAAAAUCUGCCCCAACUGGAGGGAUCUUCGAUCGAAAAGGUGUCUCUUGGCGCUUAUUCUGUUUGGGAAUCGUCUUCGCCUUCGAGCUCGGCUCCGCGUGUGAUUUUGGUGGGAACUGGCUCUGAGGUUUCUGUUCUUGUUGACGCGGCCAAAGCGAUGCAAGAUAAAUGCCGUCUUAGCGUGAUUUCAAUGCCCUGCAUGGAAUUGUUCGAACUUCAGCCUGCUUCGUACAAAAAGUCGAUUUUCCCCGAGGGAAUUCCGGUAAUCUCGAUGGAGGCAUCCUGCACUUUUGGAUGGUCCAAAUAUGCAACCAUUUCAAUUGGAAUUGAUACCUUUGGCGCAUCAGGGCCGGCCCCCAAACUAUUUUCACACUUUGGCCUUACUGCAGAUGCCGUAAUUAAGGCCAUUCAGUCGGUCAUUUAA